AUGGCUUCCAACGUCCCAAAGUUUGCAAGCUUUCGUCCGAAGCCAAAGCCAAAGCCAGCUCCCGAACCGCCGAAGGAACCCCAACACGAAAAAGUUGGGCAAUCGUCAAAAGAGAAGAGAACAAGGCCGCACUCGCCGACCCUUAAGAGUGGGGAACAGGAUGCCCCAGCAAACAAGACCUACUUCCGUGAUCGACGUGGGGACGUGGACAUAGUACGAUAUGGCACCCUUAAUCGAUACGACAUACCGCCUUAUCGUCGCUUUGGCCAUGGUUGCGUACUAGGCAUAUCUACUGACCAAAGGAUUGACCGCGAACAUUCGACUGACAAAGCAGUUUACAUCAUACCAGCCCAGGGUAAACGUCAAAAGCGACUUCUGACAGACAAGCAUGCAAACCGGACGAAUGAGCGUGCCCUGAAAUUAAUGAACACCAACACCAAUGGUGAUAAGCUGCAAGAGGAUUUUAUAUUUCUAUCUACAAACCCGAAGCGAAAGCGUAGCGACACCGACGAUGAAGACGAGGCUAUGCCGGAAAUCGACUAUCGGAAAAUCCAAGGACCAAACUCUGUCGAACCGAUUGAUCCAGAUACACAGUACGAAUCGGACGCUGAUGUCACAAUCGAUGUGGAAAAUACCCGCAAGAACGCCAGCCUCAUACGGCGAACGAGAGAACACCCAGAGGAUGUUUCCGGCUGGAUAGCGUUGAUUGCCCAUCAGGAAGCCAUGUUGAAGCUCGAGCGACCGUCUGCCGACUUGACCGCAUCUGAUCGAGCACAUCUUGCCGAUAUACGCAUCAGCACGUACGAGGAAGCCUUGAAGAAGAUUGGCAAAGACUACAAUGGUCGACUGAUGCUGUACACCGGAUUGAUGAAGGAGGCAGAGAGAGCAUGGGAUGGAACCAAGCUAGCCAGUAAAUGGAAGGAACUGCUGGAGAAGUAUUCACAAAGCGUGGAUCUGUGGAUGAUGUACCUUGAUUAUGUGCAGUCGAAGUUCACCAGCUACAAAUACGAGGACUGUCGGACAAUCUUCUUGAGGUGUGUCAGAGCUUUGAGCGCAUCUGGGAACGACGUUUCUCCAUCGACUACCCUGCACAUACUGUUACGCUUGACAUCUAUGACCCACGAAGCAGGGUAUCAAGAGCUUGCUCUCGCAAUCUGGCAGGCUUUACUCGAAUAUCACUUGUUACGUCCGGAAGGGAAUAUUUCCACGGAAUCAUUCGAGUCGUUCUGGGAUAGCGAAGUACCACGUAUCGGUGAACUAGGUGCAAGAGGGUGGAAACAUCAGACUCCUUCCGACGACGCUAUACUGACAGAUGUUCCACCUUUGCAAGACAAGGAUCCAUCGAUCAGUUUCAUCGAAGAUUUCACGAAACGCGAGACGGAUGCUACUGCCAAGCUGCGUUUCCCUGGGCGCGCUUCUGAUAAUGUCGCUGAAGACGACGCUUUUCACACCAUCUUCUUCGACGAUCUAAAACUAUACCUGGAAGCAGUACCACAUGGAAUAUCAGCGACACUACUCAUAGACGCAUUUCUAUGUUUCUGUGGCUUGCCACCGUUAGCGAUGUCUAGUAUUCAGCGCAGCUGGUGGUCAGAUCCCUUCCUGCAGCGCCAUUGGCAACUGUCUUCUUCUAGUACUGAGGAGACAACCCACUUCAUGCAAACCCUCAAAAGCUUCAUGCCGUGCCCAGCAAAUAGCUUCCAGAUGACUACUGAACUACUUUUCCAGCAGGAUUUCUCGCUUGAUGGCGUAAAUCUCAGUCCAGAUUUUAUCAGGCGUCUCUUCAAACUCUUAGUUUCGGAGUCAAUGGGUGGUGGAGAUAUCGCUGGAGAGUAUCUACUUGCUUUUGAACGCCAAUAUUUCCCCAAGGAAGCUUUCAAGACCGCAAAACGACUACUAAAAGGACAGCCAAUGCACUCACGCCUAUACAAUGCGUAUGGGCUGGUUGAAGCAAAUCUCGGAAAUUCAGCCAAAGCUGAUCAGGUUUUUCAUACUGUACUCUUCAUGCGACAUGGAAAUACUGCAUCUCUCACCUCAGAGAAUCUGGAGUUGUUCAGCAACUGGGUCUGGCAAGCACUCCACGAAGGGAAGCAACAGGAAGCAUUGUGGCGGCUCUUAUCACCUCAUACCAGUGCACCACCACAAGGUGCUGAAGACAUACAACCAGAUCGCACACAUAUCGAUAGUGUGCGUACAACACUUACAGAAAUGAGCGAGCGCGCAUUAUUUGAUCAAGAUCAUAUGAAAGCAGUUCAGAGUAGUGCACUCUGUGCACUGCUCGCGUAUCUGUCCAACGAUUGCAACGCCGGGCAUGCCCUCGAAGUCCACCAUAAUUUUUCAGCGUGGUUCGCAUCACACAAGCUGUCAAAAUCUCCCUCCGCAGAACUCCACGCCCAAGAAAUCGCACGCCUCCUCACCCACCACGUCACUCAUGCGCCGAUCGUCAAGCCAUCUCUGGUUCGCACAGCGCUCGAGCCACUCAUCUCUCGCUUCCCAAACAAUACCAUCCUGCUAUCACUCUACGCGGCAAACGAAGCGCGCUUCUCCAUCGACGAUAGGGUUAGGGGUAUCAUGCACCAGAACGCGCUGCACAGCUCAGAAGAGAGGAGUAUCGCAGGUUGGGCUUUUGCAAUCCACUACGAGAAGCUCAAAGACGAGAUUUCCGGCACAACCUCUCACUCCAUCCGUGCCCUAUACAAACGCGCUACAGAGACUACUGGGGUGCAUUGUCCCGCACUAUGGGACGCAUACGUACACUUUGAGCUAACGCAGCUUGAUAAAGAGCGCACUAGACGAUCAAGCAAAGCCUCACGCCACGAAGGAAAGAAGAGUAAGUGGGAAUCCAGGGUUGAAGAAGCAGAGCAAAGAGUCAGAGAUACGUUCUAUGCUGGCCUGAGAAAUUUGCCGUGGUGUAAAGAGUAUAUCAUGUUCGUCUUUACAGACGCAAAAGACGUAUUCGGGGAUGAAGAGAAAUGGAAAUUAUCUAGAGUUUUGCUUGAGAAAGAGUUGCGGCUGUAUGUAGAUCUGGACGACGAAGACGUAUGGAAGGUGGCUGAGAAAGAAGGCUGGGUGGGUAGAUAA